UGUGGUUUUGCUAGAAAUUCAUUGCAGUCGGCUUGCCUGAAGCGCUUCCUCACAGCGAAUCCUUGGAAUUGCAGAAUUGGAUGAGGAUGCUUCUCUAAAGACUGUAAAAUCCACAGGAUAAUUGGGAGUCGGGAGGGUUGUGGCCAUGCCUCCUGGGAAGACGGGGGAAAAAGAGACUUUGGUCCUGCAGUGUGAAUGGGAAAUCUGCAGCUUUGUGGCCUCGAAGAUGGAAGAAUUUUGCGAACACGUCUCAAAGCACCUGCAGCAGCAUCUCCAGGGAAAGGAGGAGGACAACGAGAUGGAUUCUCUUGAAGAAUACUCUUGCCUCUGGCAGGAAUGUGGCUUCUGUUCUCCCGAGAGCCCUGCAGAGCUCGUCCGCCAUGUUUACUUCCACUGUUACCACACCAAGCUGAAGCAAUGGGGACUGCAUGCCUUACAGAGCCAGUCUGACUUGACUCCCUGCCAGCUGGAUUUUCAGAGCCGGAACAUCAUCCCUGAGAUCCAAGAGAACUUCCUCUGCCUUUGGGAAUACUGUGAGCGAGCUUUUGAUAACCCUGAGUGGUUCUACAGGCACGUGGAGGAUCACAGUUUCUGCGCAGAGUACAAGGCGAUUGGAAAAGAGAACCACAUGGUCUUCUGUGGGUGGAAAGAGUGUGAUUGCACCUUCAAAGGCCGAUGUAAGUUGCGGGAACAUCUGCGCAGCCACACCCAGGAGAAGGUGGUGGCAUGUCCCACUUGUGGUGGCAUGUUCUCCAACAACACCAAGUUCUUUGAUCACAUCCGCCGUCAGACGGCUUUAGAACAACAGCGAUUCCAAUGUUCUCACUGCUCCAAAAGGUUUGCCACAGAGAGACUGUUGAGAGAUCAUAUGAGGAACCAUGUCAACCACUACAAGUGCCCCCUCUGUGACAUGACGUGUCCUCUGCCCUCCUCCCUACGCAACCACAUCCGUUUCAGGCAUAGCGAGGAGCGGCCUUACAAGUGCAACUAUUGUGACCACAGCUGUAAGAAUCUGAUCGAUCUACGGAAGCAUUUGGAUACCCACAGCAAGGAGCCAGCCUAUCGCUGCGAAUUUGAAGCCUGCGACUUCAGCGCCCGAUCCCUCUGCUCCAUCAAACUGCACUACAAAAAGGUUCACGAGGGUGAUUCAGAGCCCCGAUAUAAGUGCCACGUCUGUGACAAGUGUUUCACACGAGGGAACAACCUGACAGUCCACCUCAGGAAGAAGCACCAGUUCAAGUGGCCGUCAGGUCAUCCUCGUUUCAGGUACAAAGAACAUGAGGACGGGUACAUGCGCCUUCAGCUGGUGCGGUACGAAAGCGUGGAACUAACCGAGCAGCUCCUGAAGGACCGCGAGAAGCAGGGAGAAUCUCUGGAGGACGCGGCCCAGUGCGUGGUGCUGGCCGGGUCAGAAGGCGGCUUACAGGGCAUCAUCCUGGACUCACCGACAGAGGAGCCAGCGGAGACAGACUUGCCCGCUGCCCUGCCAACCGAGAGCUCUGCGCCACCGCGGGCCAGCGAGACUCCGGACUGUGAGCCGAGUGCCCCUCCCAGCCCCAUCAUCCGGGUGGUGAACAGGACCAACGAGCACGGAGAGAACGAGACGGUUUACUACGUGAUGGCAAACGCCCCUCCUGAGAGCCGGGCAGUUGUGCCCAGCGGGCUUGUCCCUGAGCCAGAGGAGAACGUGAUGGACAGGCUGCAGAGGACGGCCGAGGAACUGGGCAUUCAGAUUCUCUGAGGCUGCUCCUGGGGUCUCCCCCGCCCCUCCCCUCCCCUCCCCCUGGUUGGACCUUCCGAAUUUGCCGGCGCUUGGCUUGGGCUCCUUGCCAAAAUGGACUUUCUCGAAUGGAGGUGGGAGCAGGAGGGAAGGAUUCCCGCAAGAGAGAAAAAUACUACCUUCGUGGGCUCCCUUCAACCAGGGCGGGGUGUGGGGGGGCGGUGUCUGGCUACUACACCUCCCAGUAAAGGGUAGUCUGGGAAGCUGGGAAUCCAGCUUGAAGGCAGUUCCUGGAAAAAGGGACCGACUUGCGAUGGAAAGGAAGGUUACUUCGAAGCCUCCUGACCUCUCUGCCUCUUCCUGGCCAUAUUGGAAGAGCUGGCCAUUCCAAGUAGCUGGCCGCACACCUUGGAAGUCUCGCUGUCUUGACCUCACCCCUGGUCAGCCUGACUCCGUGCCGGGCGGACUCUGAAAAUAUACGUCUCUUUCUGUUGGGUUUGCCCGUCGCCCUGUUCUUCGUAGCCCCACAAAGCCCCGGUCGGGGCCACCCCCUCCUCAGUUCCUUUCCAGGGGGGGAUUCUGCCCCGGAGCAUUUCCCCCCACCCCCAGGGUGGCUCAGGGCCCUUCCCUUGUCACCCCUCUUCCCCGGGGCGUGUCUGUGUGUGAUGAGCCCAUUUAUUCGUACUGUUGCUCCAUCGCCCACAAGCUGUUUUGCAGAGAUCCUCCUUUUGUUGUCUCCGGGACAGAGAAGUCGUAAGAGUGCCCUUUUUUGCUUCCCGCAGUCGUCCCAAAGCGAGCGGGAGGCUGUGUGGCGAUCCCCUCCUUGCAUCACGAGGAAGGAGGGCCUGAACAAGGGAGUUGAUUUUUUUUGCCGGGGGGCCUCUCCCAUAUUGGGGUUCCAGCUCCUUGGCUCACAAGGUUUACGUUGUGUUGACGUUCAGAAAUAAAGCCACA